AUGCUGGCGAUGGUCGAAGCGAGGGUCCAAGCCAAUGGAGUCGAUCCUGAUGGGCCCAGCGCAAAGGCCCACCGCUGGCCCACGAAGAAGACCGCCUCCGGGGACGUCAACUCCCCUGCGCCGCCGCAAGCCGUAGCGGGCCCCUCCACGGCUGCGGCGGUUACGACGGCAUCGACGGCAAGAAGACGCCAGGACCGGCGGAGAGAGACGCCGAAACAAAAGCCCCAAAAGGGGAAGAAGAACGGACCGCCUGCAGCCCAACCCGCUCCAGAGCCCCGCGUGCUGCCGCCAGCCCCGGCUAAUGGACACGCCGUGGGUCGAGGUGGCCAGAAGAAAGAAAAAGGGAAAGCCGGCAGCAGCGCCAACAAACAUCACACAGCCGCCGAAACCGACGCGCCGGAAGGAGCCGAAACUGCGGCCGCCUCGUUCUGCGGCCGUGACUCGGACUCAAGUGGGAGCGGCUCCACCGUACGAAGCAAGAAACUUUGGAGGAGGAACUCGCGCUCAAGGCACAGUCUGUCGCAAUUCACCAGCGACACCGAUGAACCGGCGCCGAAGACGCAGGCGAUCGACGGCAGAAUGAGAGGACGCCCGCCCUCAGUCGGCAAAUAUGUCGGCUUGAGGAAAGCUCAGCUCGAGCGGGAUAAGCUCCAGCGCGAGGAGGCGAAGAAGAAGGCCGACAAGGAGCUGGAGGACCGGCUCCAUUUUGUCAAGUCGCCGAUCCUUCCCAAGGAAGACACCGAAGAGGACCGACCCGUGCUGAGGGAAGACCUAAGACAGUGUGUCCAGGUAGUACGCACAACAGUGAGGAAAUCUGGCAACCUCAAAGGUACUUCCCAGAAGGCACUAAACUGGGUCACGAACAAAAUUGCCAGGUACGUAGACCAACCUGAGUCCGCUGCAAUCGCUCUUCUCGAGAGCGAGGAAAUAAAAGAAGUGGCAGGAGAAUUGUGCCCGGCUCGAGGCAAACAUGAAGACCAUCCAGGAGGAGAAUACAGCUCUGAAACGACGCCUCGAAGAGCUGGAAGCGGCCGCCAAAGGGCCAACAACAGAAGAGAUGCUGGCGAUGGUCGAAGCGAGGGUCCAAGCCCGAAUGGAAUCGAUCCUAAUGGGCCCAGCGCAACGACCGCCGCUGGCACACGAGAGAAGACCACUCCCGGGGAUGUCCAACUCCCAGUGAGCGAUGGGUUUGUUGGUGGAACCCACGCCAAGCCGAGGAAGGAGAAAGGAAAAGGGAGGGAAAAAGACGGCCCAGCCUGCUCCGGCCCCCGCUCCUGCCCCCACUAUCCCUACUCCCAUCGCUGGGCCUUCCAGUGCCCCGCCGCAAGCCAUAGCGGGCCCUUCUACUGCGGCGGUUUCCACACCUGCGAUGGCGCCAGCAACCGCGAGAAGACGAGAAAAGAGCGCCGCGCCUGCAAAGAAACCGGCACCAGGCUCCAAGCCGAAGAAGGGCGGAAGAAAAGAGCCGGCAGUUCAACCCGCGCCCAAGGGCGUCCUCACGGACGCACAGAAUCGCGUGGACCUCACCGGAUUGGAUAUCUCGAGGCUAAAGCCGAAGUUCACGGCCACGGGCGCCCCGGAUUUCCGGAAUCCGGGGCUGAGGAGGCGGAGUUCGGGGGGCGAAAGCCCACUGAUGGCGAAGUAGAGAAGGAGAACACGGGCGCGAAGCCCAUGGAGGUGGCAACUGAAUUCGUACGGCCUCCGAGCUUAGACUCGGACUCAACGACACCGACGAACCAGCGCCAAAAGUCGCAAACGACUGACAGCAGAGGGAGAGGACGCCCGCCCUCAGUCGGCAAAUAUGUCGGCUUGAGGAAAGCUCAGCUCGAGAGGGAUAAGCUCCAACGCGAAGAAGCGAAGAAGAGGGCCGACAAGGAGCUGGAGGACCGGCUCCAUUUCGUCAAGUCGCCGAUCCUUCCCAAGGCAUCAGAGACCGAAGAUGAGGACCGACCCGUGCUGAGGGAAGACCUAAGACAGUGUGUCCAGGUAGUACGAACAACAGUGAGGAAAUCUGGCAACCUCAAAGGCACUUCCCAGAAGGCAUUAAACUGGGUCACUAACAAAAUUGCCAGGUACGUAGACCAACCCGAGUCCGCUGUAAUCGCUCUUCUCGAGAGCGAGACAAAGAAGUGGCAGGAGAAUUGUGCCCGGCUCGAGGCAAACAUGAAGGUAAUACAGGAGGAGAAUACAGCUCUGAAACGACGCCUCGAAGAGCUAGAGGCGGCCGCCAAAGGGCCGUCUACAGAGGAGAUGCUGGCGAUGGUCGAAGCGAGGGUCCAAGCCCGGAUGGAAUCUAUCCUUAUGGGCCCGGCGCAACGGCCGCCGCUGGCACACGAGAAGAAGACCACUCCCAUAGAUGUUGAACUCCCAGUGAGCGACGGUUAUGUUGGAGGAACCCACGCCAAGCCGAGGAAGGAGAAAGGAAAAGGGAGGGGAAAAAAGACGGCCCAGCCCGCUCAGGCUCCCACUCCUGCCCCCACUAUCCCCGCUCCCAUUGCUGGGCCUUCCAGCGCUCCGCCGCAAGCCGUAGCGGGCCCUUCUACAGCGGCGGCGUCGACACCCGCGAUGGCGCCAGCAACCGUGAGAAGACGAGAGAAGAGCGCUGCGCCUGCAAAGAAGCCAGCACCAGGCUCCAAGCCGAAGAAGGGCGGAAGAAAAGAGCCGGCAGUUCAACCCGCGCCGGAGCCCCGUCCGCUGCCGCCGGCCCCUGCCUCAAUGGAGACGCCAUGGGUCGAGGUGGCCAGAAGGAAGAAGAAGGGGAAGACGACAGCAGCGCCAACAACAACCAGCGUGCAGCCGCCAAAACCUUCGCGCCGGAAGGAACCCAAACUGCGGCCGCCACGAUCUGCGGCCGUGGUAAUAUCGUUGACACCGGCAGCCAUGGCAAAGGGUCUGACGUACAAGGGCGUCCUCACGGACGCACAGAAUCGCGUGGACCUCACCGGAUUGGAUAUAUCGAGGUUAAAGCCGAAGUUCACGGCCACGGGCGCCCCGAUGUACGAGGUGCCCGGGGCCAAUUCGGAGGAGAGGGCCAACUCCUUUGCCGCAGAGGGCUGA